AUGAAGAGAGGAGCACUGCUGGUCAUCGAGGGACUGGAUAGAGCGGGCAAGACAACGCAGGUAGAAAGAUUGGUGCAGGAGCUGGACGCCAGACUGGUCAAGUUCCCCGAUCGCACCACGCCCAUCGGUCGCAUGCUCGAUUCGUACCUGCAGCAAAAGUCGGAGCUCGAUGAUCGAGCCGUGCAUCUGCUGUUCAGUGCCAAUCGCUGGGAACUGGCACCGAGCAUCAAGGCCGACCUCGAGGCGGGACAGACUGUCGUGUGCGAUCGCUAUGCAUUCUCUGGCAUCGCGUACAGCGUCGCCAAGGGUCUGCCAUUCGACUGGUGUCUCUCCUCCGACGCCUCACUGCCGGCGCCCGACUUGACGCUCUUCCUCACGCUUUCUCCCUCCGUCGCGGCCCAGCGCGGCGGCUACGGCGACGAGCGCUACGAGGAGCCGGGCAUGCAGACGCGCGUGCGUGCGGCAUUCGAGGAGAUCGAGGCCAGAGUGAGGGAUUGGCGCUCCAUCGAUGCCGAACGCACCGAAGAGGAGGUGUGGAGAGACGUGAGCGAGGCGGCCGAGGCGGCCGUGAGACAUGCCCAUGGACCCGUGCGCCCACUGUUCUCGUGA